AUGUCUUUCAGAGCCAUGGCCACGCAAGCAAACGCGGCCCUCGAACUCUCGAGUGAACUGCCCAUGCGAAUUGACGACCUCCAAGCCCAGACCACAGCUGGCCAGCAAGCAGACGUCGAAAAGAAUCCAGCCUUGUACCAGGAGUACGGAUUAAUCCAGGGAGACCUCAUUCUCCGCAUCAAACAACUCCAGGCCCAAGAGCAGCUCAACAGCGCUGGCCAGACGACGUUGCAGGCGCUCAAGAACCGACUUUUGAUUCUCGACGUCCAAAUGGCCAGUCUUACGAGGCAUUCGAGCCCACAGUCGGGAGAGCUUGGUGCAGGGGCCAGUAAGUCAAUGGCUGGUGGAAGUGUGACGGCGCAUGGCUGCGGAUGGAAAGGAAGUGCUGAUCACCUUAUGCCUCCAGAGUCCGGUGAUUUCCCAGCGGAUGCUGAGUCCUCAACGACUGUAGGGGAUGGUCAAGUGCCCGCUGGGAGCCUUGCAGACAUCAUCCCAUUGCCCGUCAUCCCAAAGCCACCACCCCAGGUCAGCGAAGGCUCCGAGGCUGUCUCCGAGACACCAGCAUUGAGAUCGUCUUGGCCGCUCUUAUACCGGAUCAUGGACCUCGAUCCGAAGACCCCGGACGGCGUCUUCGACAAGGAGCUGAAACGCUGCCUGAAGGCGCUUUUCGACAGACACUAUCCAGGCGAAUGGCCGAACGAUCGUUGGGCGCCUGGGCGAUGGGAAGCCUGUGAGAAAGCGUACCGGAUCCUCGCUGAGCCAGCGAGCAGGCAGUUGUACGACGAUGACGGGGAGGUGCCAUCCAGCCUAAAGGGGUAUGACGCCACGCAGUUGCAUGGCAGGCAUGUCGCAAGAGGCCUUAGUCAUAUGGUAUGA